AUGUCUUCUCUUCCCCAAACAUACAAGGCCUGUAUCAUCAACGAGGCCAACGCUCCCUUUAAACUCAGCGACGUCAAGCUCCAACAUCCUUCCAAGGGACAAGUCCUCGUCAAAGUCCUCGCCUGCGGUGUCUGCUUCUCCGAUGUAGCCGUGAGCUCAGGCGAGUUUGGCAACAUCUUUCCCCGUGUUCCCGGUCAUGAGAUCAUCGGUGAGGUCGUUGAAGUUGGCGAAGAUGUUUCCAACAUCAAGAACGGCGACCGCGUUGGAGGACCUUGGCACGGUGGUCAUGAUCGAACUUGCCGACAAUGCCAACGAGCUCAGUUCCAAAUGUGCGACCACAAGGAUAUCAACGGUGUGAGUCGCGAUGGUGGCUUUGCCGAGUAUGUUCUUCUGCGCUCAGAAGCUGCUGUUCGCGUGCCCAAGGAGCUUGACCCUGCGGAAGCUGCUCCUCUUCUAUGUGCCGGUGUUACUGUAUUCAAUAGUAUUCGCAAGAUGCAUGUUGAGCAGGGCAACAUUGUUGCUGUUCAAGGUCUAGGUGGUCUCGGCCAUCUCGCAGUUCAAUACGCCAAUAAGAUGGGUUAUGAAGUUGCAGUCAUCUCAACAAGCGACGAUAAGGCCGAUUUCGCCAAGAAGCUCGGUGCUCACCACUAUAUCAACGCCAAGAAGAGCGACGUUGGCGAGGAACUCAACAAGCUUGGAGGCGCCUCAAUCAUUGUCCAGACAGCACCCAACCCCAAGGCUAUCUCACCACUCGUUCAAGGUCUUGCUCCUGAGGGGAAACUGCUCAACCUGGCACCUGUUGGUGCUGUAGAGGUUGAUACUCUGGCCUUGGUCACCAAGGGUGCCAGUGUUAAUGGCUGGCCUAGUGGUCAUGCUCUCGAUUGCGAAGAGGCAUUGCGCUUUUCUAUGACGCAUGAAGUCAAGUGCAUGGUUGAGAAGUACCCGUUGGACAAGGUACAGGAGGCAGUCGAUAGCCUUAAGGCCGGCAAGCCUCGAUUCAGAAAUGUUCUUGUUAUGCAGUAA